AUGUCGGCCAACAUUCUUGCCAACGAGGGCGUCAGCCUCGUCAAGGCGAGCAAGUACGCCGAGGGCAUCGAGAAGCUGAGCCAGGCCCUGAAGGCCCAGCCAGCCCCGGUCUGGUUCCUCGAGCGGUCCAAGGCCUACCUGCGCACCAACGAGGUCCAGCGCGCCCUCAACGAUGCCGAGCAGGCCCUCUCCAUUGCCUUCGAGAGGGCUAACCGCGACUUGAUGGCCGAUGCCCAGAUCCGACGAGCCAUAGCCCUGUUUCGACUGGACCGAUACGCAGACGCCGACAUCUGCGCCUUCUGGGCCAUCCGCCUGGUCGAGGGAGCCAGGGCCUCCGAAGAUGAUGGUCAGCAGAACAAGGUCAACGAGAACGGCGACUACACCGUGACGGCAAAAGAGGUCCAGGACGCCAACCAAGCAGCAGAGGCGUCCAAGAAGAAUGACGGCCUCAGCGCUGCCAUGGGCGGCGAGCGAUCCAAGUCCACCACGGUUCGAAACCUUGCCUUCUCUUGGCGCAUCCAGGCCUUGACCAAGAUGGACCAGCUGGAGGCCGGGGCGCCCGGUCGCAAGGUCAACGUCGCCCGAUACCCGAAGACCAAGGUACAGGUGGAGGAGGUCGACAACCUGCACGUCGACGAGCCUGCAGAAGAGCCGAACAAGCCGAAGAUCCCGGCCCACAUACUCCCCGGCCUACAGCCCGAGCCGUCCGACAGCGGCAGCUGGGCGUGGGAUGAUGUUUGGAGAGAGUUCCGUGCCGAGCAUGCCAAGCACGACAUUCGCACCGAUUUCUACCAGAACGACACCACCCUCAACGUCAGCUUCUUCGUCAAGAAUGUGCCGAAGGACGAGUUCCGUGUGGAUGCCCAGGAGCAACGUGUCACGCUCGGCCCCAUCCCCAACACCCCCUCCGGCUCUCUAACACUCCACCUCUUGGACAAGAUCAGGCCCGCAGAUACGACGCACACUGUCAAGUCGAUGAAGGUGGAAUUGGUGUUGCGAAAAGCAAUCCCUGGCAAAUGGGGAGCCCUUCGCCCGCCCACCGCCUCAAUCUUUGACAACAUUACCAUUGGCCAAGCAUCACACGGCACGCGUGACGAGUUUAUUGGCCACGCUCGAAGUCUGGGCUACGAUAGCCCCAGCAGUUUCUCUAAGAAUGCAUUUGGCGACGACACAAGGGCUUGGUAUCUUGCCUUGCUGGACAAGCUGUCCCCAGUGACGUAUGACACCGUAAAUGCUCCAGCACCCCCUCAAUCCACACCGGAUGCCACGCCGCUCAAGCCCUCAACAGUCGAGGCUGUGACGAAGGAGAAUGCAACUCCAAACACGGCUGCACCAGCCAGCUCUGCUGGCCCUUCCUAUCCCACGUCGUCCAAGUCAGGCCCCAAGAACUGGGACGCAAUAGACCUUGACGAAGACGACAAUCCCGAGGGCGUCGAUGACUUCUUCAAGAAGCUGUACAAGGAUGCGGACCCUGACAUGAGACGAGCCAUGAUGAAGAGCUACGUCGAGAGCAACGGCACGAGUCUGAGCACGAGCUGGGAGGAGGCCUCGAAGAAGAGCUAUACGACUUCUCCGCCCGAUGGGGUCGAGGCCAAGAAGUGGGACAAAUGA